AUGUCGUCCAAACAAAUCCCAUCGGAUGCGCCGCUCACGGUUCGGCCCUACCCCAAGAAGGAAGACGAGAACAACAUGAGAAUUGUUACUCCGGUGGAGAUAAAGAUCCCAAAUAUCACAUAUAACCCGCCCUCUUGUGAUGUUACCCAAGACGUCCCUACCGUUAUAUUCGCCACCAUUUACACCGGCAACAUCUACCAUGAAUUCAACGAUAUUGCCAUCCCCCUUUUCCUCACAUGUCGCCAUUUUCAAUUGCGCAUAAGGUUCAUUGUGACUAAUUUCAAAGCCCGGUGGGUCACUAAAUUCAACCCACUUCUCUUAGGCUUAUCGAGCUAUCCGGCCAACAACGGCAAGCUCCUUCGAGAAUCGUUCAACUUGAGAGUAAAGCAUGAGUCUGAGAUACAAGAGCUGAAUAUGGUCAUUGUUUCAUGCAGAAGGAUGAGAAUGCUCGUGAAUGAAGACGAUCUGGUGAGGGUGGCAAAAGGAUUGGGGUACCAUGUGAUUAGAGCUUCGCCUGAUCAAAUGGCAAAUUUACGAGAGCUUCCUGGGGUGUUGAACAGAUGUAGUGUUCUAGUGGGGGCUCGCAGGGUAGGACUGACAAAUAAUGUGUUCUUGCCAGAAGGAGUUGUGGUGGUGCAAGUGGUGGAAUGGAGUCUGGAAUGGGCUUCCGAAGCUUACUAUGGUGGAGUUCUCGUCCUCUAA